UAGCUGAAGUAUUCAACCUGGAAGAAGUCCGAAUAUUUUUACAUUAAAGAAGUCCGAAUGUUUUUAGAUUUUAAAAAAAAGGUAAACAGACUGGCUUGAGUGUUGUAAGUUCUUGUUGUGAGGAAGUUCAAAUGUUCAAAUGUGGGUUUCGGUCAGGUUUCGGUUUACGGGAACUGGAUCAAAGGGCAGCGCGACUGCUCUCGUCUCGCGAGACUCCGUGAGACUAACUGUCGAGUCAGAGUUGAAGUUUUAAGUUGUAAGAGCAUUAAUGUCGGCUGUAAUUCAAGUCAUGCUUUACCAAUAACUGUAAAACGUGCCACGAGUCAGUUUAUUUGUUGAAUUGUGCAGUCUAUUAGUUUGAAUUUACUGCUGAAACAGACACGUCAAGUUUAAGGUAAGCAGGUUGAGACUGUCCAGCUGUCCAGCUGCAGCUGUGUGCCAGCAUGGCCCCCCGGAUGGAUGAUAUUAUGCGGCUGUGCUGUGAACUGUCCACCCACAACCAGAUCAAAGUGGCGGUGAAAGGCUCAGCCAAGGGCGCGGCGGUGGCCGGGGGGGGCGCCUUCGUGGGGGGGCUGCUGGGCGGACCCGUGGGGAUCGCUGUAGGGGCCACCGUGGGCGGGAUCUUUGGCGGCUGGAUGACCAGCGGUCAGUUCAAGCCUCUACCUCAGAUCCUGAUGGAGCUGCCAUCCAACCAGAAGCAGGAGCUCUUCUCUAACAUCAUGAGCGUCUUGGGCACCCUGGACUGGACGAACGCAGCGCAGCUCAUCGCCCUGGUGAUGGGCAACACCAUGCUCCAGCAGCAGGUCCUCGCUGCCUUGCUCAGCUUCGUCACCAAGGAGCUCAAAGGAGAGGUGCGCUACAGUGACUGAGAUGUGGUGGACCUGCACAAACACAACAACAUGCUCUGAUCCUGGACUUUGUACCUCAGUAAGGGAAACCUGUGAAUAAUGACAUUUAAUGCUGUCACAUUUUGCAAUGAGAUCUUAUUUUUUAUAACAGAGGGGUGACAUUUUAAGAGGAAACUGCCCAAGUAUGAAAUAAUUUUAUUAGUAAAUCCUCUCCAGCUACACACUGCAUCAGGGUGCUUUUAUACAUCCCUGCUGGUGACUUUAAUGUAAAAGAAGCUUUGGAAGCUAAUGUGCCUUUGAACAUUUGCUCACAAGUUCUCAUUUUUAAAAUGAUAAACUGUAAAAAGCUUUCACCUACAGUAGAACUUAUCCCAUCUCUGCUCGUUAAUUAUAUCUCUAUUGUUUGACCAAGUAAUUCAGACUUUGACCCAAAUCGAAGAUCAUAAAUUCAGUUGGUUGUUUUUUUGUUGUUGGGUUGAGUUUGUUUCCCACGCUGCUGCUUCUUUCCACGUCAUUGAUUUUGUUCACCAUUCGGUGCUUUAUUAACUUGGAUGCAUUUUUCUUCUGUAGCUCAGUGACUUAGACAUUUAAGUUUAGAGUAGGUGCUGGAGGAUGUUGGAGCAUCAGUGGGAAUCUUAAGUGCCAAGGGAUAAAUCUGUAAAGUAGGAAUCCAUCUUCUGUACAGAACAGUUUGAAAAGUACAGUCAGUGUACUCGGUGUUUAAAGAAAUAGAGGUGUUCCUCAUGGUCUGAACUUCCUCUAAACACUGUUUUUUUUUUUUUUUUAAAUAAUAAUUUGCCUCCACUAAACCUCUAAGGCUCUUCUUCUUUUUUUUUUUAAGUCAAACUGUAUUUUGAAUAAAGAAAAAUCUUAUUACCUGUGAA